CCGAAAAAAGUUCCGCCCUUCUGCCCGCUCCCUCCUCUGCUGCUCGCUCGGCCCUCGAGCUGACGGGUUCCAUUAAUUCUGUGUUUAACGAAAACAAACACUUGGGUAAGGAGUUGGGCGGCCAAGGAGUAAGAGGGGAGAGGCACGGGUUUGCCCCCGCUUCUACCCUUGGCUGCUGCCGGGAGGCGCUCUGCGGCUCCGGGACGGGCUGUGUCCCGGUACCGUGUCCCUCUCCUUUCAGCUCCGCACGGCGGACCCUUCAGCUACCAUGGCCACCCGCCUGCCUGCCGCCGUGCCGUAGUUGCCCUUCCCCGGAGGCUGGACAGCAGGAGAAAACAGAAGUUGGAAACUCUCUUGCUUGUGAUCGAACAUGGCAGGGGAUAUAAAAAGAUUCACACGUGUGCUACUGGAAUGCAACAGCAGUGAUAAGCUAUGUGUUGUGCGUGAAUAUCAGACUGAAGUGAUUGUUGUCCCAGCUCUCCUUGUGGGUUUUUUUGUCAUUGUGCUAACUGUGAUCCUUUGGCUCCACUGUCGAGGCUUGCGUGCAAAGCAGGAGCAAUCAUCAUCUGGACACCAAGCAAAUGAGAAGAAUCAGUGGGAAUCUAACUCAACAGAGAAGCAUUAUAUCCAGCUGAGUGAGACAUCUGUGGAAAGCCUGCUACAUUCUGCAUCCUUGACUCUGAAAAAUCUGGAGAUACCACGAGAGAAACUCUUAUCAGGCAGCUUGCAACUGAUUAAACAUGGCUGCUAUGGGAGCAUCUACAGAGCACAACUGGAAGCUGAGAACCCCAGUAAGACUAAGACUGUAGUAUUGAAAGCCUUACAAGGCCCAGACAGUCCCCAGAAAGUAAAGAAUUUCCUGGGAAGAAUUAAAUUCCAUCAAAAUCUUGGCCAUCAUGAGAACCUGGUUGAACUGGUUGGAUGCUGUGUAGACCAGCUCCCACUUUAUAUGAUCAUGGAAGAUGUGUCUCUUGGUGACCUGCUGACAUUUCUAUGGACAUGUCGGAAGGAUGUGGUAAAAAUGGAUGGUAUCCCCUAUGACCUCACUGAGAGGCAAGUAUAUGAAGUUGGACAGCAGGUUGCAGCAGCUCUGGCUUACCUUGAAGAGAAGAAGUUGUUUCAUGGUUACAUUGCUGCCAGGAAUGUCCUUCUUCAUCACAACUUCACCGCAAAGCUCUGUGGUUUGGGUCUGGCCUAUGAAACUCACACCUACGGUGACAACUCGGUCACACAGAUCGUGCCUGUCAAGUGGCAGGCACCAGAGCGGCUCCUGAAGAACCCCCCCAGCAUCAAAGCAGACAUAUGGUCUUUUGGAAUUCUGCUGUAUGAAAUGAUUACAUUAGGUGCUCCACCAUAUCCUGAGGUGCUGCCUUCUGACAUUUUAUCAUACCUGCAGAGACAGAACAUUAUGAAGCAGCCCUCAAGCUGCCAGCAAGCCAUGUAUGGUAUCAUGAAGUCCUGCUGGCAGUGGCAUGCAACCAACCGGCCUUCUCCAUCAGACCUGAUCCAGUGCCUACAGAUAGCUAUAAAGACCAGCAAUGACCAUGCAGUACUGCAGGUGCCUGAGAUAGUGGUGCCUGAACUCUAUGCUAAUGUUGCUGGUGUUGAUGUGCACAGUUUAGUGAGUGACUACACUGUACUCUGAAGGACCCUUUCCAUGCUGAUAAAGGAGAAGUCUCUGAAUGCUGCUGAUCCUCCCGGGUGCAUGGCAAGCUUCCCAGAGUCCUUGAACAUCUGUGGGGGCUUUGCAGUACGGGGGGAGCCCUGAACAUCUGGCAGCCAGCAGUCACUCACGGCAGAUGAAAGGGUGGCCACCAGCAGGGUUGUUGCUGCUUUGCCUGCCAUACACAGGACAUUAGGAGGAGGAGGAGGAGUACAGGCAAAGGACAACUUCUGGUACUUCUCCCAGCCUGUGGGGGAAAUUAUCCUCCUAAGCACUGCCUGGCAGGAGAGCCUGCUGUUUUGUUGGCCUCUGCUUGGUGUUUUUUUUUCUCUCUCUCUCUGUUUUUUUUUUUUUUUUUUUUUUUUUUCUUUCAUUGAGAGGCUUAUGGGCACGGCACCACCCCCAGCAUCUUCUUUGCAACCAGGAACAUGGGAAGCCAUCAGUAGCUAUGCCCUGGUGCUUCUUCCCUUUUUGCACAACCCACACAGCAGAUCCAGCAGUGGAGCAGCUGAGGAGGCUCAGCAGAGGCAGUGGGGAAGCUGCCUGCUCCAUGGAUGCCCAAGCAAAACCCUCUUGCAGUUCUCCCCACGUCUUGUAUCCCACCUGUGUGUUUUCUGGUUGCACUUAUGCAGGCCAAAGUUCUAAUUUUUAUAUGUCACAUUGAUAUAGUUGCCUUUAUCUCACUAUUGCCUUUAUCUCAUUGUUACUUUGAUUAUUGUCUCCUAGCAUUUCACCACCAUUAUUUUAAUUAUUGUAUUUCAGGUUUGAUGCAGUUAUGUUUAUCUCAUCAGUAAUUUAAACAUUAUUUUAUUAAUGAGUUACUAGAAAUGGUUGAAGAGCCAGGUGGACACUGCUGAUAGCUGAGUGCAGGAAGAAAUACUACAAAGCAGAUGAGCCUAUUUCAAAGAUUGUGUCAGUUACAGCAAUAAAAGCCCCACGGAAUACUUGCAUACCAUAUCUCACAAUUAUAAAUUGUUUUAAUAAAAUGUUUUUUGAUGUUUUACUAUCGCAUUUUUUUAACAUUUCCAAAUGUGAGCAGAAGCAGGUCUGGGAUGGUUUACCUGGGCAUGCUGAGUUGGCUGUGGUGAGUUGUUCUAGACCCUCUGCUGGUAACAGAGAGUUGACUGCAGAAAGCUAUUCCAUUCUGACACUUGGCAAGCUCAGAAUGAGGUGUGUAUAUUGGGAGGGAUCCCUUUGUUUUUCAAGCACAUUAUAUAUCAGAUGUAUAUCUCCUCCAUGCCAAACCCAACUAACUAUUGCUGUUUGUGUAAUUCUGCUAGUCGUCAUCUGGGA